GAUUAAAAAGAAACGAAUGAAGAUUCAUUAGUUGGCGACAAAUAAAUAAAUAAGUAAUUCGACGUCUAGAAUUACUUGACCUUAUGAAAUGUCUAGUUGUAAAUCAAACACGGCCUCUGGUAGUCCUCAACUAAUCAAGAUGUCCUUCAACAACGAAAGACCGCGGUUGGCUUCGAAAAAAGAGCUAAGACAGCCGAAAUUAAAGUCGUUUUCGUUAGAAGAACCAUCCCAAAGCAAAGGGUAAAACUUCCCAAUCAAACUAGAAAUGCAUUUAUUGAAUGUUCAUAUUUAAAGACCUCAAGCCCAGUUCAAUUUACUGAUACCCAACUAGAUAACGGAUGUUAAAGGAAGAACAUAUAUCUGGCCAGACUGUCCUCUUUCUUAUCUUAAGUGGUCAGUAAGAAGAUUUCGUAUUGACAAAAUAAUCAUAAUCAUCACAAAUAUCCUUAGAUUUUGCAAAUGUUUCAUAGAAAUGGUCAAUGAUUUUUGGAUUAUAGUAGCAGUUAACGCAAAGUCUAAAACAAAUCGUCACGAGUGUGGAAAGUGCAAUUGAAAAAGUCAGUAGGGACAACACAUACACACCAUAACACCCAUGCACCAAGCAACGUAGCCAGUUCCCUAGUUUUGACGGCGCCGCGUGCACGUCACUCUCAACAUACGGCGCGUGACAGCAUAUAAAUACUAGGCGUGGAAAAAAAACGAACCAAACCGAGUCAAGCCGAGUCAAACCGAACCAAAAUCUAUUUCAAACCAUUCGGUUGAAAAUUUCUCCAACCCGAAUGAUUUAGUUUGGUUCAGUUUUAAACCGAACCGGGAAAACGAUGUAUUUUAUAAUUAUUUAAAUUACAAAUAUUAGUAAUACCAAUAUAUUAAAAUUCUAAUAUCAAACCAGAUAUUUUCCAUUUUUCAUUCAUUAACAUAUAUUAUUUUAACCGAACAUGUAAUAAUUAAAAUAUUUGAUUUAAAAAAAUAGAAAAGUCUGUAUUUUUAUAUUUUUAUAUAUGUAAACGUGGAUGUUAAAUUUAAACCUAAAAUCUAAAGCAAAUUUAAUUAACAAAAAAAAGUUCUUUUCCAAAGCGUCACAUAUCACAUGGAAGAUGAUUUAUUGUAGGCUUUUUAAUAAUGAUAUAAAAGAUAUUACUAAUGAUGUUGAUUUUUUUUUAGUUAACUUUUAUUUGUUUUAAUUCUUAUUUUUUUUACACUUUUAAAAAGUUUUUCUUUCAGUUUUAUAUUGAAUUUAGUUAAUAUAGUUUAUAUUGACGUAAUUUAUGUUUUAAAAAAUAAUUUCUCUUAAAAAUGAUGUUGAUUUUUUAGUCAACUUUUAUUUGUUUUAAUUCUUAUUUUUUUACACUUUUAAAAAGUUUUUGUUUCAGUUUUAAAUUGAAUUUAGUUCAUAUAGUUUAUGUUUACAUAAUUUAUGUUUUAAAAAAUAAUUUCUCUUAAAAAAAGUUAAACUAAGAAGAACCUAAUUAAACUGAUCCAAAAAAAACUCAACCGAACCGAAAACAAACCGAACUGAAUAUAAAUUGAACUGAACACAAACCGAACCAAACCAAACUAACUAUGGUUUAUUUCAGUUGGAAAAAUACUAGAACCAAACUAACCAAACCGAACCGAGAAAAUAACGGAAGUGUCCACCCCUAAUAAAUACUCUCUGAAAGAAAAUAGGCCCCAUCCGAACAUUUCGAACCAAAACACACACAAAGAGGAAGGACUUUUCCUGUCAAUUAAAACAAAACUUCUUUCUUACUCCCAAAACAAAUUACUUUUGUUUUUACUAGUAAAACGAAAGAGAAAAGAAAAAUCACCCUUAGAUUAAUUUUCUGUAAUAUUUCCAUCAAUUUAUUUUCAAUGUGAAUGUCUAAUUUUAUCCAGUGAUCAACUUUUGCCGGUUGUUUUCUAAAAAACUUCUCAGUUUGCUAUUUGCCACCAAAUAGAUACAAACUUAUUUAUUACAUUAUCUAUAACUUUAAAUAAUUAAUUACUAAAUGAUUAAUUAUUUUUGGAAAAAAUUAGACUUGUUCUUUCUUAUAAAAUUACACAUACAUUUCCCUUCAACUAGUGUAAAAGUGUAAACACGAGACCUCUUUCUCAACGCGUGCUUCAAUGAAAAAUUCACCAAGAUACAAAGAUAACGCACAGAGCUCGCUUCCUUCACCAAGCAGCAUCAGCAGUCCGACCCGACACGUUACCUCCAUGUCUGAACGAACUACCUUCUUCCAAACCGAUGCUUCCUCCUUCAAGCAAGUCGUCCAGAUGCUCACCGGAUCCUCCAAGAAGCCUAACCCGACCCACAAACCCGAACAGAGGUACUCAAUUCCUCUAGUCAAAGCUGUUCCCAACAAGAAGCAAUCUUCUUCCUCCCUAGGUUUUCGACUCUACGAACGCCGCAACUCGAAGAAGCAUCUCAAGAUCCAUCCAGUACAUUCAGGAUUACCCGAGAAACUUUCCCCCAGCAUCCUGGACUUUCCUUCUCUGGUUCUCAGCCCUGACACUCCUCUCAUGCCCGUACCGUUUAUUCAAACCGGGUCUUUGAACAAGAGCCCGAGCUCCGACGCUGAAGAGAGAGCAAUGAAAGAGAAAGGGUUUUAUUUUCACCCGUCACCGUCGACGACUCCGAGGGUUUUAGAGCCCCGACUUCUCCCUCUCUUUCCGUUGACUUCUCCUAGGGUUUCAGAUUCUGUCGCGGCCUCUACUACCCCAUGAAACUUAAUAUUUUAGCUAAUUUUUUAUUUGCAAGACUUGUCUUUUUUUGAUGUUUCUCUUUUAUAUAUUGGAAGAUGAGAUGAUGCGUAGUGAGAAUUAAGGAUUAUAUUCUUAGAAAACUUGUAAUCAGGUUUUGUUAGAUUUAUUCGUUGUUGAUCGGCUUUGUUCUAUUAAUUGCAGUAAAGUAACAUAUGAAGAAAA